AUGGAGGUUGUGAUCGAGAAGGACUACCAUACACCCGCAUUAACGCAGGAUUGCACGUCUGGAGCCAGCAAUGGUGCCACAGACCCGCAACCACGGACGUCAAAGAAGCCUUACAAACGGGCGCGUUCUAAAAUAGGCACCGGCAUAUCCCAGAAGCUGUUCUACUUUGGUGCUGACUCAGCACGGGUGUACUGGAUCUUGAAGAAGUACAGCGAUAACGACGUGAAGCUCAACGACAGCUCCAUCAUCAAGGAGUGGGAAUUGCUGCAGAUAGUCGCCACCUUUCUAGUGGCUGGGGGCGUUGCCUCCGCCUUCUUCAGCAAGGCAAGUUGCGAAAGUGAUUCACAGUGGAAGUUCCUUGACCGUGCGGAUGGGAACGUUCUUGGCUUCCUCUGCGGCCUGAUGCUCCUGCUGCUUUUCGCCGUGCUGCUGGCCACCAUCCUGUGCCGCAUGUUCUUGUAUGGGCAAUACACAAUGCUUCUUGUGGACAGCAAGAAGAUGAUUGACAGGCAGGCAGGCAGGGAUGCACCCAGGGCUGCAGCCGAGAAUGUGCGCGAGUUGUAUUGGUCUAAGAUGCGCGAAGGCAUGAUCAGAUUUGCGCGCAUCACAGGCAUGAUAUCAGCCGUGUCGAAGGUCAUGCUGCUGUUUGUCAUCCUUCUGUGGAUGGCUGCCAUUCUUGUUGUCGCUGCCGACUGCUCUGUGCCCUUGGUCUUCACCAGCCUCCUUGUCUUAAGCGUGGUCAUUGUGGUCCUCUUCUUCAUCUGCCUCUUCAGUCUGCUUGGUAUUGCCCAGUCUAAUGCCAGCAUCGGUGACUGGCAUCUACCCAAUGAGUCUUUGUUUGACGAUGCCUACAAGAGCAUCUGA